AUGUAUCCUGCCGCUUGUUCUUUUUGGAACUCUACUAAUACCAGUCUUGAAGACUCUAGAGCCUCCAGAAUUGUCUGGGUGUUGGAAGUACUCGAACUUGACUACGAAGUUAAAACUUAUGCUCGUGAUCGCAAUAUGUUAGCUCCAAAAGAGCUCAAGAAAUUGUGGCCCAUCGGAUUAUUCCCUUUGCUUCAGGUUUUCAAGCAAGGACUGUCUGAAUCAGAGACUGUAGCUGAGUCGGGACACAUUGUGUCGUAUUUGGCUAGAAACUACGAUCACAAGAAACAAUUAGUAACUAAAACUCCAGAGGAUACUGAGUUGGCCGACUACUAUUUGCACUUCGCUGAGGGUAGUUUGCAACCACACUUGGUGUCAAUGUUGGUGAACAGAAUAGCUGUGCAGAGCGUCUAUUGGCCAGUGAGUGUGUUGGUUGGCGCUGUUACUCUGCAGAUGAACAGUAAGUAUUAUGGUGCUAGACUCAAGAGCGCGCUCGAGUUCUUGGACUCUCAAUUGGAGAAGAAGGGCGGUGGAUACUUUGUCGGCGAUAGCUUGACUGUGGCUGACUUGAUCUUGGACUUUCCAAUUAACCAGAACAUCUUUGGAACUGGCCCUGUUGGUGGCGCUGGCCGGGAAUUAAAUGCUAUUCAGGCAUACCCUCACCUCUACAAAUGGCACCAGCUUACCACCAGCUUGCCUUCCCAUAUCAGAGCUAUGGCUCGUGAGAAGACAGAGGUGGCAAAGUUGUAA